UUUUUGUACACGUGGAUCGAGUCGAGCGAGCAAGCAAUGGAAAAUUUAUAUCGAGAGUGAGUAGCGUUGAACUUGAUGUAAGCUUGUAUCGAGAAAUUUAAUCAGAACAUUAAAGCAAUUCACAACAGUAAUUUAAUUUUCGCCAUUAUUGCUCGACUGUUCUACGGAAAUCAUCUUAACAUGCCUUUGACGUCAGGACAAUACAGUCUUUCCCGCUUGCUGAAUCCUGAUUGGUCAAUUCAAAUUUCAGGUGCGCCGGCCGUAAUUCAAGGUUCUCAGCUUUCGCGCUAGGUCCACUAGGCCUCGAUGUUUCGCCUCGGUCAAUCGUCUUCGCAUCACGAGUUAAAGUGUUGCCGAAGUCAAUUGACCGAGAGACUUGGCAAGUUGUCAGCCACCACUUGUCGCUCUCGAACAGCGGGGUGGCUCUGUAAGCAAGCUACGCUUUUUCUCUAAGAAGCAAGAGACUGGGAGAAAGGGGAGCGAUUUUCCCUCUUAUUUCACCCGUUUCACCAUCAUCCAUUUUAAAUGCGCGGGAGACUAGCUUUCACUUCCGCGCGCAUGCCCUGGAACAGACCUGCUACAGAGUUCAGGGUGGAAAAACGUAUUGCGCAGUUUUCUGCACAUCCCUAGCUCUAUUUGCAGGCUAAGGUAAUAAUUAGGACGGAAAUGGUCGUGUUCGCGCUUCGUGUUCACCUCAGCACAAGCUUAAAACCCCAGUGUGCACGGACAAUUUUCGUAACGCCGCCACGAAUUUUUUUAUGGUGUCCAGUCCACGCGCGCCAUGCAUAGUCUCGCCGAUCACACAACGACCGCACGCAUGGGGAAUGUUGCGUGACAUCCCGUCACUGACGUCAGCGGGAAAUCACCACACAACCGAUUGUCCCGUGCAAAAUGGCGGAAGGUGGGAGAAUUACGCGGCGACCUUCAGGUUUUACCGAGCACUUUUUGAAUGCUGUUGAGGAUGAUUUACAGUGUUCAAUAUGUCAUUUGCCGCUUAAUAAGCCUGUUUUGACAAGAUGCGGUCACAGGUUUUGCAAAGAAUGCCUCGGGGAACAUUUUAGAAGGCAGGGAGAAAGUGGCCAACAUUGCAACUGUCCUACAGACAGAAUAGACUUGGAUCCUGCCCAGGAUGUCUUCCCUGACAAAGCAACAGAAAGGAAGGUUCUUUCUUUUGCCAUCAAAUGUCCAAGUGAGGGUUGUGAAUGGACUGGUGAACUGAGGAAUGAACAGGUACUAAUUGGAAACUCUAUUAUUAAGAGGACACCAUUGAAACAACAUAAUAGCUGUAGAAUAGACAGAUGUUCUCAAAUUAUUUUAAACACACGCAUGAAAGGAAAAAAUUCUUAA